UGGCAAGACAAGCUCUGUCCAUGCUAGGACCCCCUGGCUGUAUUCUGGUCUUCACUUCCACAAUGCCACUGCCCACCACAGUCUGAUGUUUGGGAGCUCAGGCAGGACAAACAUCUAACCUUGAAGAAGGAAAGGAAGACUCAAUGGGGGCCAAACAGUCCAGGGCCAGCUCCAACGACAAGGACCCGAAGAGGCUUCUGGUGGGGAAGAGACAGAAGUUCUCUUCGUGGGAUGAUACCCUGCUCUUGGGGAAGGACCCACGGUCCCUGCUGAAGCGUGGCAUGAGGCACGUCAGCUUCAGCUUAGUCACAAAAGGGAUGACGGACAUCCCAGAUUUUCUGUGGGGUUUGCUGGAGGUUCAGAAACUCAAUCUGUCCCACAACCAGCUCCGAGUUCUCCCUCCUGAGGUGGGUAGGCUGACCCGGAUUGUGGUCUUAAACCUGUGUGGGAAUUGCCUCAAGAGUCUCCCCAGAGAAGUCAGUCUCCUCCAGAGCCUCAAGGUCCUGUUCCUCAACAUGAACUGCCUGACGGAGGUGCCAGCCGAGCUCAGCCUGUGCAGGAACCUGGAAGUGCUGAGCAUGUCACACAACUGCCUGUCCCAGCUCCCAGCCAGCUUUGCAGACCUCUCCAGACUUCGGAAGCUGAACCUCAGCAACAACUACUUUGCUCACAUCCCCCUCUGUGUAUUCUCUCUGAAGGAACUGGAUUUCUUGCAUGUGGGCUCCAAUCGCCUGGAAAACAUCGCCGAGAGCAUCCAGUGCCUGGCUAACUUACAGAUCUUCAUUGCAGAGAGUAACAACAUCCACUCCUUCCCCAGGUCGCUGUGUCUGGUCACCAGCCUAGAGCUGCUAAACCUGAAUAACAACGACAUCCAGACCCUUCCGGAUGAACUCUACCUGCUCUGUAGACUGGGGAGGAUUGCGUGGAAUCCCAUGGACAAAGGGCUGCACAUUUCCCAUAAUCCUUUAUCCAAGCCCCUGCCGGAGCUAGUGGAGGGGGGUCUGGAGAUGCUCUACAGCUACCUGAAGGACAAAAAGCACAAUUGAGGUGGACAGCAGAGGUGUGGACAUCAGACACACGGACAUGGGACAGGUCAUGUGGACUCUGUUAGCUAGGGUCUUUCUCUAGUUAAAGCCUUUUAAUGUUAGCGUCUGUCAGUGCUGGGCUUUUAUUUGCUAAGUUGCUGUGGAGCAUCUGACCAGGUGAGACAUUUGCUAUAAAGCUUAUCAGUUCUCAGUAUCCUGACCAAGAAAAUACUUUCUCAAAGCCUGACUUGAAGCAGGCUUUGGGGUUUACCAAAAGGGAAAAAAAAA